AUGCGCAGCGGAAAAGCGUCAGGCGAAGACGGCGUGCAACCCGAACUCUUGAAGGCGCUCCCGGACAUGGCAGUAGCAGCGCUUACCUCAGUCUUCAAAUCAAUCUGGGACUACGAAACUAUGCCGGACCAAUGGCGGACGGCAGUGGUGAUACCGCUCCACAAGAAAGGAUCCGUCACCAACCCAGCUAACUACCGAGGCAUAUCUCUGCUGGACCUGCAGUACAAGCUCCUGGAGAGGAUCAUUGCAAACCGUAUCGUCCCAGCCCGAGACGCCCGCACGCGAGACGAGCAAGCAGGUUUCCGGCCCGGGAGAUCAACCAUCGACCAGGUCUUCGUCCUUCGCAGAUUCAUGGAAACCCACCACCGAUACAACAAGCCCGUUGAAGUUGCAUUUCUCGACUACGCAUGCGCGUUCGACUCACCGGACCGUGAGAGAAUCUACCAGCUGCUCGAAAGCGACGGCGUCCCGAAGAAGCUCGUACGAAUAAUACGGGAGAUGAACACCGGAUCGCAGGCGGUGGUACGAACGCGCAGCGGAUGCAGCCAGCCAUUCCCUGUAGCUACGAGCGUGAAGCAAGGAAGCGUGCUCGGGCCGCUGUUGUUCAACUACGUCAUAGACGCCAUCAUGCGAGCGUCGGCCAAGGAUUUCAACGGCGGCGUGCAGCUGAUACCGUCGGCGAAAGUGCUGACCGACCUCGACUACGCGGACGAUAUCGCGCUGCUGUCAACGUGCCGGGAAGAGCUCCAAAUGUUCAUCGACAGGGUUGCCGAAAAUGCUGCACGCUUCGGCCUGAGACUGAAACCAGCGAAAUGCGAACUCCUCAGUGCAAGCCCUGAUGAGGCGAACCCGAUCACGGUCAACGGAGAGGCGAUCAAGAAGGUCAAAAGUUUCUGCUACCUUUGCUCCAUAAUUACGGCAGACGGCAGCGUGAAGGAAGACAUAGCGCAGAGAAUUCGGAAGGCGCGCACUGCGUUCACAACCCUCAGCCAGUGCCUCUGGCGCACAAACAUCUCGCAUCGUAUGAAGCUGAGAGUCUACGCGACAGCCAUACGCCCAAUCUUGCUCUACGCCUCGGAAACAUGGCCGCUGACGCAGUGUGAACAGGAACGCCUCAACCGAGCGGAACGGUCAUUCAUCAGACAGGCUCUCGGGAUCAGACCGGCCGACAAAGUCUCAAAUUGGGAACUCUGGACGAAGGUUGACGCAGCCCUAGGACCAAGUGUACUCACCGACAUCGGCUCAACAAUCAGAAAGAGCCGACUUAAGAUGCUGGGACACGUGCUCAGACGGGAUGCCGACAGGCUGACAAGAAUCGCCCUCGAGUACACCGGGGGAACGACGUGGAAGCGACGCCCGGGCGGAACUAGGAACAUGUGGACCGAUGUAGUGCGCAAAGACCUCGAAUUCGCAAACGUCAGAAGGCAUCCGCUCUUUCGCAGUACGGACGCCGUCACCACCUGGAAUCGCGGCGACUGGCUACGGGUCGCCACGAUAAUCGCAGAAGAUCGCGCUACGUGGCAUCAAAUCGUUGAGAACAGUGCGGACGGGAAGCGACCGAAAGGACGCGCUCCAAUGGACCCGUCUUAA